UCAGGCUUCGGGGCGAUGGAGCAGUACAGCAUCCUGGGGCGGAUCGGGGAGGGAGCGCACGGCAUCGUCUUUAAGGCCAAGCACGUCGAGACGGGAGAGACGGUUGCAUUAAAGAAAGUAGCCCUGCGUAAGCUGGAGGACGGCAUCCCUAACCAGGCCCUGAGGGAGAUCAAGGCCGUGCAGGAGAUUGAAGACAAUCAGUAUGUGGUGAAGCUGAAGGAUGUGUUCCCACAUGGGACGGGCUUUGUUCUGGUCUUCGAGUACAUGCUGUCCGACCUGUCCGAAGUGAUCCGAAACUCCGACCGGCCCCUGACUGAGUCCCAGGUCAAAGGUUACACGAUGAUGCUGCUGAAAGGAGUGGCCUUCUGUCACCAGAACUCCAUCAUGCACAGGGACCUGAAGCCGGCUAACCUGCUCAUCAGCUCGACGGGACACUUGAAAAUUGCCGAUUUUGGCCUGGCACGGGUCUUCUCCAAUGAGGGCGGCCGGCUCUACAGUCACCAGGUGGCCACCCGGUGGUACAGAGCCCCAGAGCUGUUGUAUGGAGCUCGUAAAUACAAUGAAGGCGUGGAUAUUUGGGCUGUGGGCUGCAUCUUUGGAGAGCUCCUGAACAAUUCCCCACUCUUCCCUGGGGAAAAUGACAUUGAGCAACUGUGCUGUGUCCUGCGGGUCCUGGGGACCCCCAACGAGCAGAUCUGGCCGGAAAUCACGGAACUCCCGGACUACAACAAGAUCACCUUCAAGGAGAACCCGCCCAUCCCACUGGAGCAGAUCGUCCCGGACACCUCGCCCGAGGCUUUGGAUCUCCUCAAGCGGUUUCUGGUCUACCCUUCCAAACAGCGCAUCAGUGCUGCCGAGGCUCUCCUCCAUUCGUACUUCUUCACGGAGCCGCUGCCCGCCCACCACUCCGAGCUGCCAAAGCCCCAGAGAGGGGCCAGCAGGACCCUGCAGCACCAGCGCGAGUUCCACAUCAACCGGCCCAUCGUGGAGUCAGCUGUCGCCCCCGAGCUUGUCGCCCCCUACGCCAGGGUGUGGUGAGGAAGGGAUAAGGGGAUGGAUCAGACCCUGCUGCUGCUCCACAACCCCAGGAACCUGCAGAGCACUUGGACGUGUCGCCCUGAAAAGAGACUUUAUUGGAAUCAAAUAUAUUAUCAUUGAUGUACUUCAUGGAAUUUGUUGUUUUGCAGUACAGUGCAAAGACUUAAAAUACUAUAAAUUACAAAAAAAUAAAAAGUGCAAAAGACAAAUAAUGAAGUAGUGUUCAUGGACAGUUCAGAAACCUGAGGGUGGAGAGGAAGAAGUUGUUCCUAAAUCAUUUGGUGUGAGUCUUCAGCCUCCUGUAUAGUACAGUGCAAAGACUUAAAAUACUAUAAAUUACAAAAAAAUAAAAAGUGCAAAAGACAAAUAAUGAAGUAGUGUUCAUGGACAGUUCAGAAACCUGAGGGUGGAGAGGAAGAAGCUGUUCCUAAAUCAUUUGGUGUGAGUCUUCAGCCUCCUGUAUCUCCUCCCUGAUGGUAGUAAUGAGAAGAAGGCAUGUCCCAGAUGGUGAGCGUCCUUAAUGAUGGAUGCUGACUUCUUGAGCCACUGCCUUCUUGGAGAUGUCCCCAGUGGUGGGGAGAGUUGUGCUGAGUCAACAACCCUCUGCAACCUCUGUUGAUCCUGCACAUUGGAUUCUCCUUCCCAGAUGUGUGAUGCAGCCAGUCAGAAUGCUCUGCAGAAGUAUUUAGAGACUUUGGUGACAUACCCAAUCUUCUCAAAUGAAGUAUAGCCCCUGUAGUGCCUUCUUUGUGAUUGCGUCAGGACAGAUCCUCUGAGAUGUUGACACACAGGAACUUGAAGCUGCUCACCCUUUCCACCGCUGACACCUCGAUGAGGACCGGUGUUCUUCUCCCGACUUCCCUGCCCUGACGUUCACAAUCGGUUCCUUAUUCUUACUGAUGCUUUUGUUGCGACACCACUUAACCAGCUGAUUUAUUGAGCAGGUUAAGUUGGCAGUAAAGAAGCCAAAUGCGAUUCAUUUCAAGAAGACAAGAUGUAUACAAAGCAAGGAUGCUUUACGGACCUAGUCAGACUGCAUUUGGAGUAUUGUGAGCAGUUUUGGGUCCCUUAUCCAAGAAAGGAUCUGCUGGCAUUGGAGCGGGUUCAGUGGACAUUCAUGAGAAUGGUCCUUGGACUGAAAGGGUUAAUGUAUCAGGAGUGUUUGCUCUGGUUUGGACUGACUAGAGUUUAGGAUAAUGGGUUGGGGGGGGCAUGACUUUGAAACUUUGUGAAUAUCAAUGCCUAGAUAGAAUGAACGUGGAGAGGAUGUUCCCAAUAGUGGGAUCAGAGGGCACAUCAGAAUCCAAGGAUAUCACUGUGGAACAGGGAUGAGAAAUUUCUUUACACAGUCUGGUGAAGCUGUGGAAUGUAUUGACACAGAAGACGGGUUUAAAGUGGAGGUGUAUAGGUUUUUGAUCAGUAAGGGUGUCAAAUGUUACGAGGAGAAGGCAGGAGAAAGGGGUUGAGAGGGAUACUAAAUCAGUCAUGAUAGAAUGUCGGAGCAGACUUGGUGGGCUAAGGCCUUAUUUUGCUCCUAUGUCUUAUGUCUAUGGUCAACCACCCAAAUGAACUCUCUUGUAUACAUCUCUUUUCCACCCAAUAUUCAGCCAACAUUGGUGUCAUCAGUAAAUUUAAAUGUUCAAAUGUAUUUCUAAAUUAAUUAACAGUGUACAUACAUGUCACAGCAUAUAGUCCUGAGAUUCUUUUUCUGUGAGCAUAAUUAGCAAAUUUAUAGAACUGUAACUGUAAACAGGAUCUGUAAACAUUAGGAACUGUAAACAAAUUGUGUAAAUGCAGAUAAUAAAUAGCAGUUAAUAAGGAGAAUGAAAUAUCAAGAUAAAAGAGUUCUUAAAUGAGUGAAGUUAUCCCCUUUUGUCAAGAGCCUGAUGGUUGAGGGGUAGUAACUGUUCUUGAACCUGGUGGUGUGAGUCCUGAGGCACCUGUACCUUUUACCUGAUGGCAGCAGUGAGAAAUGAAAAUGGCCUGGGUGGUGGGGAUAUCUGAUGAUGGUUGCUACUUUUUACGGCAGCAUUUUAUGUCGAUGUGCUCAAUGGUUGGGAGGGUUUUACCCGUGAUGUACUGGGCAAAAUCCACUACCUUUUGUAGGAUUUUCUGCUCAAAGGCAUUGGUGUUCCCAUACUAGGCCGUAAUGCAGCCAAUUAGCACACUCACUAUCACAGGUCUGUAGAAAUUUGCCAGGCUUUCUGAUGACAUGCCAAAUCUCUGCAGACUCCUGGGAAGUAGAGGCCCUGCCGUGCUUUCUUCACAAUAUUUAUAUGAUGGGUCCAGGACAGGUGCUCUGAGAUAGCUUCACUCAGUAAUUUAAAGUUACUGACCCUCUCCAGCUCUGAUCCUCUGAUGAUUACUGGCUUAUGGACCUCUGGUUUCCCUUCCUGAAGUCUACAAUCAGUUCCUUGGUCUUAUUGAUAUUGGGUGAGAGGUUGUUGUUACUAUAGCACUCAACCAAAUUUUCAAUCUUCCUCCUGUACGCUGAUUCACCACCACCUUUGAUACAGCCGACAGUGGUGUCAUCAGCAAACUUGUGUAUGAUGUUGGAGCUCUGCUUAGCCACACAGUGUAGGUGUAAAGUGAGAGGGGCUAAGCACACAUGCCUGCGAUACACCUGUGCUGAUGGAGAUUGUGGUUGAGAUGUCUUUGCCAAUCUGAACAGACUGGGGUCUACAAGCCGUGAAUCACAGACCAGACAAUGCUGAUUAAAAUUAAUUUAGAUGUCUGUGGUGUGGGUGCGAAUCAGGAGGCGUGAAGUUUGUGUGUAGUUUCAAAGAAAGUAUUGUGAGUAUUGAAUUGUCCUUUGGUGUUCAGCACCUAAAAUGUGUGUAGUGCUGGGCAUAGGCAGAUCUAUCGAUUGACAGCAGCUCAAUAUGAUGCCACUCUAACUUGUUUUGUCAAAUAAAGAAGCUGCUUCAGAUCAGCUAGUACUUUUCCCCGGUGACUUCAUUCAUGCAACAGCAUUUAUAAUUUCAUUUAUAGAUGGUGUUUUGAGCUGUGCUCAGCCACAAGUGGACUGAGAUUAGAGCAGUGGGCUAAGCACAGACCCUUGAGGUGAGAAGGAAAUGUUAUUGAGUGUGGUCUCAUUGAAGCCCAAUGCCUGUGAAUGGAAAGGCCCAGUGGGUUCAGCCAAGUCCAUUACAGGAAAAGCCCUCCCCACCACUGAGCUCAUCUACAAGUAGCGCUGCCACAGGAAAGCAGCAUCCAUCAUCAAGGAUCCCCACCACCCAGACCACUGCUGUCAUCGGGCAGGUUCAGGAACAGCUAUUACCCUUCAACCAUCAGCCUCCUGACCUGUUGUCACAUUGGUAGUUUGUUCAUCUUUCUGUGCAGCUUUUCACCAAUUCUAUUGUACAUCUCUGUUCUGAGAAUCUCAGGGUAGUAUAGGGUAACAGAUGUGUACUUUACUUUGAUCUCUUGAACUUCUGUGAGAUUGAGGAUCCAGUUGAGAAUGGAGAUCCAUGCCUCACCCUCCACGCACACGCACGCACGCACCCACACGCACGCACCUACACACACACACACGCACCCACACACGCACGCACACACACGCACCCACGCACGCACCCACACACACACACACACACACACACACACACACACACACACACACACACACACACACACACACACACACACACACACACACACACACACCCCCAUUCUCUCUUCUCCCUCUCCCAUUGGGCAGAAGAUACAAAAGCCUGAAAGCACGUCCCACCAGGCUCAAGGAGAGCAUGUACCCGUGCUGUUAUGAGACUAUUGAAUGGUACUGUAGCUUGAUUCUUGAUGGAAUCUCCUUCAUAGAUGCUGCUAUACUUGCUGAGUUCCUCCAGCACUUUGCAAGCGACCUCACAAUUUACCUUGUUAUGAUCUUGCACCUUAUCGUUUACCUGCACUGCACUUUCCCUGUACAUUUUAUUCUGCAUUGUUAUUGUUUUACUUUGUUCUACCUCAAGAGCUGCAUAAUAAUAUGUAUGAACAGUAUGUUCCUUGGAAGAUAUGACAAAAAUAAUUCAAUUCUUCUUUCACUAGCAGAAACAUCUUGACAUCCACCUUGUCUUGCCCCUUUAGGAUUAUAUUAUCAUAAAUCCUUCUGUAAAAUAUAGAAUUAACCUUUUAAACAUUUUGUGGAACUGUUCAGGACUGCUUCCAAUACUAAGAUAUCCUUUAUCAACCAAGGAAACCAAAAUUCAGGUUGAAUACAUGAUGAGGCCACUCAUCAAGGACCCCUGCUACCCAGGCCAUGCUCUCUCUCAGUGCUGUCAUCAGGAAGGAGGUACAGGAGCCUCAGGGCCCACACCACCAGGUUCAGCAACAGUUAUUAUCUUUCAACCAUUAGGCUCCUGAACC